AAUAAGUUUCCAUAGAUGAUCGAUUCCGACAAAGUUGUAACUUCACAAGAUACGGAAGCACAACACAAUAGCAAACAGAAAAAGAAAAAGGCAAAGUUCAUAGAUUCUGCUCUGAAAGAACUUCCUCAAAAUACCUCAAGUGAUGUAAAGUUUGAGUUUAUUUGUCAAAAAUUUUACGAUCUCUAUCAAGAACAAAAAGAAAACACGCUUAAAAGCAAACACUUCGAACAAAAUUUACAGCAAUUGCGUAUCGAAAAGGAUCAACUUCAGAAUGAACGAAAUCGUUUAGUACUGCAAAAGGAUAAACUUGAAACUUUAUGCCGUGAGUUGCAGAAGCAAAAUAAGGUUAUUCAGGAAGAAAGUUUAUCACGAGCACGUGCUGAAGAUGAGAAACGUCGUGAAGUAUCUGAUCAUUUUCAAACUAGUAUAACAAACAUUCAAAAUCAAUUGUGUGAAUAUCAGAUGAAAAAUUUAGAAUUACGUAGAGAAAAUCAAGAAUUAGCUGAAAAAUUGGGUGAAUUUAUUAAACAACACGAGAAACGUGAAGAAAACGUGGACAAGCUUAUGCAAAAACGUGAUUUAGAAAUAAAACUAUCUGAAGCAAAGUUGAACAAAGCUCAAUGUGUACUGGAUCAAGAAAAGGCCAAAAAUCAACAGAAGAUUCUUCAAUUAGAAGAAGAAAUCAAAUCUUUAAAAAAUCGUUUAGAUCUUCAAGUAAAAAUUGAAGAAAAGUUGAAAGAACAGAUUGUAUUUUAUAAAGAGAAAUACCAAUCAUUUAAUAAGGCAAUGUCAGAGAGUCGAAAACUGUUUGACUCUGCUAAAGAGGAAAUGGAAAAGCUUGGUAAACGUAUUCAACGCGGAGAAAGUGAUGCUGUUGAAUGGCGAGGUAAAUGGGAAGUUAGUCAACGUAGUUUACUAGAAUUAGCUGAACAACAUAAAGAAAAAGUGAAUGAAUUGAAUAGUGCUAAUAAAAAAAUUGAAAAAAUUAGUAAUUUAUGUAGAGUAUUACAAAAUGAAUUGAAUGAACUAAGACAACAACAGCAACACCAACAGCAACAAGAAGAACAACAACCACCGAAGGAACAAUCCCACCAACCACAAUCACAACCACAACAACAUGAGUUAUCAAGUGAUUCAUUCAAGGAGAAUUCAACACCUUCUGUUUCUUUACAUCAUGAAAAUGGUGAAAGUGAACAUCAAGAAAUAAAGAAUGAUGAGAAUACUAGAGAUAGAGAUGGUCAACAAUCCAUAGAGUAUAAUGAUACAAUUACCACCACCACCGGAUCGAAUUUAGUUGAUCCUUCUUCUUCUUCUGAUGAUGAUGAAAGUGAUGAUCAUGAUCAAGCUUAUAAAUCAUCAAAUGAUAAUUCAAUUCGUACAUUUACUACAACGACAAUUACAAAUUCGACAACAAGAACAACACAUGAAUUUAAUAGUUCAUCAGAUACUAUUGCUCAUUGUACAGGAAAUAUGCAUAAGUUGAAAUUGAAUCCUGUUAAUACUGAAACUGCUACUGCUACUCCUCCUGCUCCUCCUACUGAUAUUGAUACUGAUAAUAAUAGUAGUAAUACUGAAAAGUAACUUUAAAUCCUGAAGUACAGAAAUCGAUGAAGACAUCUGAUGAAGACAAAUGCCAAUAAAUUCUUCGAAUCGAAAUACCCUCAAGUGUUUGUGUGUAUGUAUGUGCGUGUGUGCGUAGUGUAUGCAUUCUGUCUUAUUCAGUGCUCCUCCCCCCCCCCAAAAAAGGAAGUGUAGUUUGCACUUAAUAAUUCCACCCUCCUUCAAUUUAUGAAAAAGUCUUUUACAACUUGUUAUCAACCUUUAUUUGUUUUAUUUAUUUUCUCUUUAUCUUAUUUCUGCUGACUUCUUUUGCUUGACCUCACGCUCUCCCUCUUUCUUUCUCUCUCUCUCUCACUUCCUCCUUCCCUACAUAUAUUCUGAAAUCCUCUUUCUUUUACAACUAUACAUAUAUAUAUAUCACGAGAAGCUCUGAAAGCGUGAGAAAUUUCACAGUCCACAAUAUUAUGAUGAUGUAUAUUUAUAUACGCUUCAAAUUUCUCUAUCGGAUUUUAUGUGCCUUCAAAAAGAAAGUUAGAAAUCUACAGUUUUCACUUUGUUUUAUUACACAUAAUCAAGACUACCACUACUUGUGUGUUGUGUGCACGUGUGCAAAAACUAGUUUUAAUGUGAACAUAUCGUUCAUUUUCUCAUUGUCUCUAGUUGUGUGUAUUUUUAGCGCCAACGAAAAGAAUUAUCAAUCAAUCAAGUAAUACGCAUUACGGUCUUAAUUAGCCUGUAACUAUGGGAACGCGCGCACGUGUGUGUGUGUCUGUGUCUGUUAGUUUGUGAAAGUCUGGCACUCGUUAGUGCUGACUGUAAAUGACCUCUCCUCUUCUUUCUCUUUUCCUUUUUAUUCAAUGAGGCAUGUAAUGUUUUUCGAUUAUGCAUUGUUAUAUUGUAGAUUUUAAACACACCCAC